AUGACGUCCACUCCCUCUGGCCGCAUCAACCCCUCAGCGCAGAACGGCUUCAGCAAUGCCGCCCUGUAUGACAAGCAUCGCCCUUCGUUCCCCGCCCACAGCGUCUCUGUCCUGCUCGACGGCGUACGCGUCGGCGACAGCCCUCAAGCCACAGUGGUGGAUCUUGCGGCGGGCACCGGCAAGUUCACAGAGCUCUUGGCUGCCAGAGCUGAGGGGUACAAGAUCAUCGCCAUUGAGCCGCAUGCCGACAUGCGCAAAGUAUUGGAGGACAAGCACCUCCAAGGCGUCAGUGUCCAAGAUGGUCUCUCUACCGAUAUGAAGUCCUUGAAGGAUGAAAGCGUGGAUGCCGUUAUAGCUGCCCAGGUAGGAGAUUGA